AACGAUCCAUAGUACAAAGUCACUUGCAGCGCCAACACAACACAACACAUCCAGUUCCAGUCCCAGUGAAGAGUUGUAGUUCAUCAACCCAAUCGAAAUGUUCAAAUUCGUGUUGAUCGCCAGCCUGCUGGCCACCGUUGCCCUCUCCGCACCCAUCGACCAGACCGAGGAGGACAGACUAGAGCUUGAGCGCCAGCAGAACGAAAGUGCACAGUACUCCUUCAAUUCCAACAUCGACGAUCAAAUCAACGAUGGCUCCAACUCGAGGACGGAGACGCGCGAUGGUUCGACGGUCCAGGGAUCGUAUAGCUACACGGAUGGGUUCGUGAAGCGCACCGUUCACUACAUCGCCGAUGAGAAUGGCUACAGGGUGCUCAAGGACGAGAUGCAGGACAUUGGCGAUGGACCCCGUUUCAAUCCCGAUGGCCAGGCCGACGUUGAGGGCUCCCUCAUCGGCAAGUACUCGAUCAAGCUGGACAAGAGCGAUGAGGAGAAGCACUACAAGGAUAUCAGGGCCUAAUCCCAACACCCUGUGCUUAGUUAGAGAAUUUCUAACAUUUAGAAAUGGACUGAAUACGAGUAUUUCGUAAAGUAAAAUUACAACCAUCCGAACAAAACAAAGUUGUACAUUUUUUUCUCCCUAAUAAAACAAGAAAAAUAAUU